AUGGGAAAUUUUGAGGCUGCCCAAGCUAACUUGCAGCUGGAUGCUGACAAGUAUGAGAAUGACCCAGAACUAGAGAAGAUCCGAAAAGAAAAAAACUACUCUUGGAUGGACAUAAUAACCAUCUGCAGAGAUAAGCUGCCAAAUUAUGAAGAAAAGAUCAAGAUGUUUUAUGAAGAACAUUUACACCUUGAUGAUGAAAUUCGAUAUAUCCUGGAUGGAAGUGGAUACUUUGAUGUAAGAGAUAAAGAAGACAAGUGGAUCCGCAUCUUCAUGGAGAAAGGAGACAUGAUAACACUUCCAGCUGGGAUUUAUCAUCGCUUCACCCUGGAUGAAACAGACUAUGUUAAAGCAAUGAGGCUGUUUGUUGGGGAACCGGUCUGGAAAGCAUACAAUCGUCCGGCUGAUCAUUUUGAAAUUCGAGGACAGUACUUGCAGUUUCUGACCCAAAGUGCAUAGUGAUGCUCCCAGGAGUCUGACACACUACUUGAAAAUGGGCCAAACAUGAUAAUUAAACAAAAUGUUAACAGUUUUCCUUUUUCUGCCAUGUCAUAGACUUGAAUUUGAGUUCUUUCCUUUUCAAGAUUGUCUGAUUCAAGAAAGGAAAAGACAUUAAUUCAGUGUGGAAUGAACUGAGAUUAUGAUCAAAUCCUUGUUUUAAAAAAACCAACCUUUUUGUUUUUCUAAAUAUAAAGCAAAAAUUCUGGUUUGGGUUACAUGGGUUCAGAUAUUUUAAAAAAUAUGUCCCUAAAAAUAAUAGAGUAAAAUCAUUUUUGGUCGUAUCUUUUAAGUAGGUUAGUAAUCCCAUCCCCAGCACUGUGAAGGGUAGGUAUCUAUAUAUCAUAUAAGCAUUAGAAACUUUUUCUUAGUUAGAAAUUUCUUGAUUCUAACUGCAAACCUUUUAGGUGAAAGAGACUAUAGAUACUGUAUCACAAGUUAUUAUCAUUCCUAUGACAAAAGACUCGGUGUGCACAUCUACUGAUUACCUCCUACAUCCUGGAGAACCAGAUCUUUCCAACACUGUAAGAAAAUCUGCUUAGAUUUUCCAGUGGAGCUCAAUUGUUUUGUGAUACAAUUGUGUCUAAUUUGUAAUUCUAUAGAGAAAUCAUCAUCAACCAGAAAUCAGCAGUUCCUUGGAUAAAGUGCCUUAUUUCUGAACAUUUAAAAUAUUUGGAAAUCUAUCUUUAUCUUAAAAUUUUCAACCAGGCUAGUACUAACCAGGUCACAUUCUUGUCCCAGAGAUGAGAAAAAGUGAAAGAACAAGUUAAAUGAAUGUCUCUUAAAUUCUCAGUUCUUUGAUUGCUAAAGUGGGCAACUAGCUGAUCAAAUGAUUCUUUUACAUCCCUAGUACCCUCACUUACCUAAGUCUUUGGUCCAUGUAAAUAAUCAAACAGAAAUUGCUUAGCUGCUAACUUUUUAAAAAUUAGUCUUUUAAAAUGUCUUUUACAAAGCAAAACUUUGUAAUUAUUGUAGAAACUGAACAUUAAAGAGAAAAGAAGUUCAAGCAUUCUUUUUAUUGCCUAUGUAGAGGGGUCCUUAUUUCCCAUGGAUUGUGCCUUUCCCAGGGACCUUAAUGUUCUUCUCUGAGGAGCCAUCCAGGUUUUUCUCCUUCCCUGACAGUGCCUUCACAGACCAAGGAGAACGUUGAGAUACUUAGUUAAAUUAUUUUGCUCUCAAUGAGAGGGAAGGGGAUGAAGGGAGAGGAGAAGAAAUUUUGGAACUCAAAAUUUGAAAAAAAAACAACAAUGUUAAAAAUCAUUUCUACAUGUAAUUCGGAAAAAAUAAAAUUAAAUUUUUUAAAAUAAAA